ACUACAGUGACGAACUUCCUGUCUACCUUAUCUUGUGUUCACAGGAUUUUUCCACUAUAAUUAAUAAAAGGGGAAGUGUGGAACGACGGGACAUGACAUAGAGACGCCGUGUUUGUGUCGCGAAGGUGCUAAAGGGAAAACCGUUCGGUCGUGACAGUCAACGAUGUUCUUUGUAUUCAUGUUGUCUUCCUUUGGCCAAGGACGGGGAAUUGGAAAAUCACAAAGAGACUGAGCUGACAACUGUCAGAUGAGCAUCGGAACUUGAGUAGGAUAUCUCAAGCACAAAUACGCAAGAAUUGUCAUAGUUUCGAAGGCAAUCUCAAUGCAGCGGUCGUCUGUUGACUUCAUCGAGUGGAAGAAGAAGGCAGUCUCCGGUUACAGUCUGUUCCCUUUGCGUUCAUCUCUCCCGGUAAAGUCACUACAGAAGGGAAAUAGGCCUGUUACUGCAAUUGAAAGGAAUUUAUGGGAUCACAAGUUUCAUCUGAUGAGAUGAGUGUGCGAGCGGGGCAGGGCAGUGAUGAGGUGCUGGUGUCGCAGGCGGUGUGGGAUUACCUUGCAGCUGCUGGACGGCCCUGGUUGGUUGACUUUGAGGACAAGCAGGGACUAAGUGCAGACAUCAUCCGACGUGGGGAGCGUGGCGGCUGCUGUGCUGUGCGGCUCUCCCCAGUGGAGGGCAGCAGCAGGGCCAGAACUGGGCUGAUGGAGAGUCCGGUUUCACCUGUCACACGGAAAGCCUUCAUAGACUUAUGCCGCUGUGCCCGGAAGGAGAUGACCAAACUGGAGGCAGCUCCCAAGAGAAAACGUUCUCUGUUACCCUGUGUGACAUCAAUGGAGCCUGAUGUAGAGGGGAGCUUGCUGCCUCCGCCUCCUCCUCAGCCACGGCGUUCCCAGAAGCAACAGCUGAAAUAUAGGAAAAAUUCAGACAUGGAGACCUGUGUGGUUUUACCCAUGCAACAUGAGGCCACAGCAAGAAUGGGGCCUCAAUUAAACCUGAGACAAGUAAAUGAAGAUGAGAACACCAUUUGCUCUAUUUGUAUGGGGGAGAUGGUGGAAAAGACAAUUCUGGACAAAUGUGGCCAUGCAUUCUGCCGGUCUUGCUUAGAACAAGCUUUCCAAGUGAAGAAGGCAUGUCCUGUGUGCAGACUUGUGUAUGGUCAACUAAUUGGUAACCAGCCGGCCAACGGGAACAUGAUGGUUGAAAGAGAUCCAGAUCUGGAGUUGCCUGGACAUGAAGGACACGGCUGCAUAUGCAUUAUUUACAGUUUCCCUCCUGGUUUUCAAGUGCAAGAACAUCCAAACCCUGGGGUGCGGUACCCCGGCACAGACCGUGUGGCAUACCUGCCAGACAGCCCAGAGGGAAACCGUGUUCUACGCAUGCUGCGCCGGGCAUUCGAGCAGAGGCUCAUCUUUACCAUAGGCACCUCCAUGACCACUGGCAUGCAUAACGUCAUAACUUGGAAUGAUAUCCAUCACAAGACCUCCAUAUGGGGCGGACCACGAUGCUUUGGUUAUCCAGAUCCCACUUACCUUGUGCGGGUGACAGAGGAACUGCGAGAGAAAGGAAUAACAGCUGAUUGAUUAUUUGUUUCUAGCACUUAAGAAAUUUCAAGAGGAUGUCAAACGUGCACUUGACCACAGUCUUUGUUUAAACUCACCGUCAAAUUAGCCACAACCAUCUGCUGCAGCAUUGGUUUGAUCAGGAUGCUGUGUUCAUGAUGUUUAACAGUUUAAUUCAGUCAUUAUGUUUAGCUUUGUUCUUUGGGUUACAUGAGUAAAGGCAGUGUGUUUAACAUAAACUUUUUUGUACAAACUGGGGUGCACUCUGAGACAGAUUGUUCAUUAUAAGAUACAAAGCUGAGUUUAAGGUACCCAAUGGAGUGCUAAAAUGUGAAUGUCAAGAAGGUGUACACGUUACCACAUCUACAGUACAACCUUCCACUUGCCUGUUUCAGGUAAGAACCAAUCACUAUUCUGAUGUCCUCCCUCUUCUUACUAUGUUUCUUCCAUCCAAACUAUGCUUAAUGGCCUUUUCACAUUAUGGAACAUCUGGAUGAGGACAAAUGAGGGACAAAUGGCAUAGCACAGCUAAAUGGGUACAGCUGGGACAAUCCCAUCAAACUCUUUUUUUUUUUUUUAUUCCCUCUCUCUCUCUCUAGUAAUCAGCACUAAGAGGCACUUUGCGAUGGAGGUAUCUUUUUAUUAUGAGAAUUUAAAGUGUAUUCUGCCUGAUCUUCCAGACUGCAGGCUCUACAGAGGUUAUUUCAAGCCUUUAUUAUAAGAUCCUAGUAAAAGAGAUGCAGGUUGUUUUCAGUGUGUGUCCUAGCUUUGUUCCUUUUCUCUCAUCCCUAGCAAAUGUUUUGGUCUUUCGUUUCAAGAUCAGGUGCAUAAAAUCGUUAAUGUAAGUUUGAUCUACUUUUUCCUUAUUUGUUUGUUAAUGUACUCAAUUCUGAGUUUAUUUGAUCACAUUUCUUUUACAUAUAUAAAAUGAUGUCACAAUAAAAGGGCGUGUAAAUCACUUGAACCAAACUAAAAGCAUAAUAGCGCAACACAACUGUAACCAUUGUUUUUAAUGCCUCAGGCUUGGAGAAAAGCCUAGCACGUUUUUUUUUUCUUUCAUGGAAAUGUUAUUGUGCCUUCUUCUAAAGGUCACAGACAGUUGCUGCCUGUUAUUACUAAUGGUAAUCGCUAGUAUUUGUUAAGCUGUGUUCUUAUUGGUCUGAAGCAUUUACCUUAUUGCAGUAUUUCAACUUUAAGCAAAUUGCACCAUACUUCAAGAGACUCAUUACCAGAUUUCUAAUUGAUUAACACAUACAAAAUGUGUUAAAUUGGCUUUGUGUAAUGGUAUUUUAUUAUUAGCGGUUGCUUAUGUUUUACAGUAUCAUUAAAUAAAAAAGGAGAAUCAGAUUUCAGUUUUCUUUCCAUACCAUAUUCCCUUUACCCCACCCUUUAAGUUAUGAAGGACCAAUAUAAUCAGGAUUUGUAGGAAUAAAUUGUUACUGUCAUGCAAAUUUCUAUGCACUUCAAAGUUAGAUUUAUAAAACAGACCUCCUCGGAUGACUGAUUGUUUAAAGUAAAGAAUUUGCCUUUAUAGUUGUGUUGAUUUGUAUUACAUAAUUGAAUUGUAUGCUACAAUAAAAAUGUGCUUUACAUUUUCAUACUUGAAUAAAGGGAUUCUGUU